AUUGAUAGUUCCGUCAGACUUCGUAUGAACUAAAUUUUAUCAAAAUGUUACUCUACAAAAUAUCUUUCGCGAAGGUAAAAAUACCGUAUUAUACAUACUAGUUGUUUGUACGAUAUUUUGGCAAUUCUUUUAGAGUUCGUUGUAAAAUUUAAACAGCUAACAGCAUAUGUCUUUUACGUUUUAAUUUGCGCAGGUGUUUUUGUUGCUUGCUGUAAUACGAAAUUCAGGUUGGUUCUUCUUAAUUUUUUCUUUAUUUUUGCUGAAAUAAUUUGGGGGGUUUUAGUGAAAUAAACUUAUUAUUACUAUAUGAUUGAUGACGUUUCAAUGUCAAGAUAACACUACACUUGUACUAGGAGCUAGGACGAAUGUUAAUUCGAAAUCGUAUCACGCAAAUUCGUUCGCGGUAUACAGUUGUACUCAGGGCGCUUAUAUAAGCGCCCUGGUUGUACUCGAACGGUACAGCUCUGGUCAACUAUGAGAGUUUCAACUCUUGCGUUUCACCGAUUCACAAUUCUCAUGCAACUCUUGUUCUCGUUUGACGGGGGUAUGAGAGUUAAGAAAACUCUCAGUCUCAUGUAAACUCUCGCUUCUCAUCAACUCAGAUGCCAACUGAACCAUGGUCAAACGAGAACAAGAGUUGCAUGAGAGUUGAGAAGCGAGAGUUUACAUGAGAGUUUUCUCAACUUUCAUUGCUUGAUCAAACGAGAACAAGAGUUGCAUGAGAGUUGACAAGCGAAAGUUUACAUGAGAAUUUUCUCAACUUUCAUUGCUUGAUCAAACGAGAACAAGAGUUGUAUGAGAGUUGACAAGCGACAGUUUACAUGAGAGUUUUCUCAACUUUCAUUGCUUGAUCAAACGAGAACAAGAGUUGUAUGAGAGUUGACAAGCGACAGUUUGCAUGAGAGUUUUCUCAACUUUCAUUGCUUGAUCAAACGAGAACAAGAGUUGCAUGAGAGUUGACAAGCGAAAGUUUACAUGAGAAUUUUCUCAACUUUCAUUGCUUGAUCAAACGAGAACAAGAGUUGCAUGAGAGUUGACAAGCGAGAGUUUGCAUGAGAGUUUUCUCAACUCUCAUGUCCCGGUCAAACGGGAACAAGAGUUGCAUGAAAAAACUCUAAUCAAAAUUUGAACCAGUUAUGCUCAUUCUAAAGUUACUGAGCAGUUUUCUAAAAAUAUUAUUUUAUUUUUCUUUAGUAACGAAUGCUUCGAACAGUUCUGUCAUCGGAUCUUCACCUACAACCGCUCAAAUCCCCGCAACUCCAUCAAUAUCCCCAAAUGCCACUACUACCACACCUAUCCCUAGCUCAACCUCCAAUACUAUGAAUACCACGUCUAUCCCUGGCGCAAACUCAAAUACCACGUCUAUCCCUGGCGCAAACUCAAAUACCACGUCUAUCCCUGGCGCAAACUCAAAUACCACGUCUAUCCCUGGUACAACCUCAAAUGCAGACGGAUCUUCGGGCAAUGUCCCGUCAGGCGGAUCACCCACUGAAGCUCCAACGACGGGAAGUUCAAUCACUUUUCCCCCUGCCACCACCACACCCCUGCCAACGACAAGUAAGUUUCACCAUGGUUUCACUUAUUUUUCAUGGUUUCACCAUGGUUUCACAUUAUCCAUGGUUUCACUGAUCGCAUAUAACAGACAACUUGCAUGUUAGACUAAUUUUUGAUCUAGGCAAAAAAAAGUAAAUUCCCGAAAAGAACUUAUUAAAAUUAGUAAAAUCGCAAAAUAUGGUUACGAAAUGUUGUAAAAUACGGAAAAUAUAGCCUUGCGAAGUUUGCAUAUUUUGUAUAUGUUUGUAUUACGUGAGGGAAAUUGUUACCAUUUUCGGCUCAAAAAUUGGUAACAAUUUCCGCACGUAAUACAAACAUACAAAAUAUGCAAACUUUACAAGACUAUAUUUUCCAAGCUUUACAACAUUUCGGAACCAAAUUUUGCAAUUUUACUAAUUUCAUUAUGUUCUUUUUAGCUGUGCUGUUUGAUUCCCUUCUCUUUACUUAGAUUAAAAUUUAAUCUGACAUACAAGUUGCCCACUGUAUACAUUGUCAAUUCGAAAGAAUCAAAUUGAAACGAUUAAACAAUUAUUCUGGGGACAAAUUUGAAAUUACUCAUGAAUUUAUAUUGGCGUUUUUACCUCCUCCUAUCCCCUUAACCCCCUCCCCCCACCACCUCCCCCCACCACCUACCACCCACCCACACACACUACCCCUCCUAUUGCUAUGACCCUGAGGCCAACCUGAUGUGAGAUUUUAACAUGUAGUUAUUCUGCUCAAAACUGUUGUAUUUUUCUUAUUUUCCCACUUGCCAUUUUCAUUUAGUUCCUACGACGCCAGGUCCUUGUGAAAUUGUAACAAGACCAACAGAUAUGGAAAGUUGUGGAAAUGAGUCAUGCGCACUGGUAACGUCAACGCUCCUUUAUUCACAGAAUAGAUAAAUACAGAAAGCUGACUUAGCCAAAAAAGCGUAACGCCUUGAUUAGCAUUGACUCGUCAUCAAAAUGCACGCGCCAUGUUCCUAGCCAGUGCGCCUUAUGACAUGCAUACCCCCCCCCCCCUGAAUGUCUACCACUUGGAAUAUUUUCAGGGGGUGAGUGCCUCUCGUAAGCGCACUGGCUGAGAACAUCGAGACAGUAUUGCAACGGCUACGCCAAAAUCAUGGCCGAAGCCAAGAAGUCGGCCUUUUGUAUCUCUCUAUUCUGUGUUCAUCCAUGUUUCUCUGAUCAAAGCAUGGGACAUUCUUAAAAUCUUUUGUAAAUAGACAAUUCCCAUUAUAGACUAAUUUUUUUAUCUUGACAAAAAAGUAUAUUCCCGGAAAGAGCAUACUAAAAUGAGUAAAAUUACAAAGUUUGGUCGCGAAAUGUUGUAAAAUGCGCAAAAAAUAUAGCCUUGCAAAGUUCGCAAAUGUUGUACUAUACUUUUGUAUUGCGUGCGGAAAUUGCUAUCACAUUUGCGCCGAUAAUGUUAGCAAUUCCGCACGCAAUACAAAAGCAUACAAAAUUUACAAACUUUGCAAGGCUAUAUUUUCCGCAUUUUACAACAUUUCACAACCAAACUUUGCAAUUUUACUAAUUUUAGUAUGCUCUUUCUAGCUGUGGUGAUUUAUUUGCAUCUCCUUGCCUAGUUUUAAAAUUAGGCUGUAAUGGGAAUUGUCUGUUGUGUUUUUGUUUAUCUAGAAAAUGCUCAAUGACAUGGAAUUAUACAUCCGUUGCGGAAAAACUGGUAGCGAGGUAAACCAGAUUACUAAACGUUUGUUCAAAAUGUACUAAAUCCAGAAAAAGUUUACCAAAUUAAUUUCGCCCCUCAGCCACACCCACCAGUGACGUAGGUAGCCCGAUGAUUCAGUCCCGCUAUAUGCAAAUAUUGCCGUGUUUAUAACAGGGUUGCUAGGUUUGCUGAAUAAUUCGGCCAAACACCAUCACACUAGGCCUUUGUUUUCUUUGCCUUGGCCUUUUGUUUUCUUUGUUUUCUAAACGGCACUAAUGACGAUUUGGCCCAAUUAUUCAUCUAACCUACCAACCCUGGUUUAUAAACUGUCGACAACACAAUCAAUUUCUAUAGAAAUGAAUAAUGAUAAUGAGUUGAAAUUUGCAUAGCGGGACCAAAUCGUCGCACUGGCUACGCCACUGACCCCGACCCAUUUUACCAAAGGUGAAAUAUAAUUGAAUAUAUCCGAUUUUAUUUUAAAUAUUGGCCAGAUAUAAAAUCGUUUUACAGUCAUUUCUAAAAGUUAUCGAUAUCUUAAAUUAUAUUGAAAGUUAUAAGUCUAUAUUUUCUAUUCCAUUUCAGGAUUACUCCAAACAUCCAACGUCAUUGGCAGACACUGGCGAGAGCUUGGCAUUGAGAAUUUCUCAAGAUAUCAAAACUAAACUGGACACACAGAAAGAUGUCAACGCCACUGUUGUCAUAGCAACAGACCAACUUGGUAAGUGGCUCUUAUUGGACCUUUUCCUUGUGUAUAGUAACACUGGAUCGAUCAAGAAGAGAUGAUCCUUACUGGACCUCUAGAAAGAACAGUAUAGAAUUGAUAGAGCUAUCCAGUAUAAAUAAAGUUAGUUUAGUUUAGGUUUCCUCCUGUAGUAACACUGGAUCAAUAAGAGAUGACUCUUACUGGACUUCUAGGGAGAACAGUAUAGAACUGAUAGAGCUAUCCAGUACAAAUAAAGUUGGUUUAGUUUAGGUUUCCUCCUGUAGUAACACUGGAUCAAUAAGAGAUGAUCCUUACUGCAUGGACCUUUAAGGAGAACAGUUUAGUCUUUAGAACUGAUAGAGCUAUCCAGUAUAAAUAAAGUUUGUUAAGUUUAGAUUUCCUCCGGUAGUAACACUGGAUCAAUAAGAGAUGACCCUUACUGGAUCUCUAGGAAGAACAGUUUAGAACUGAUAGAGCUAUCCAGUAUGAAUAAAGUUAGUUUCGUUUAGAUUCCCUCCUGUAGUAACACUGGAUCAGUAUGAGAUGAUUCUUACUGGACCUCUAGGAAGAACAGUUUAGAACUGAUAAAGCUAUCCAGUAUAAAUAAAGUUGGUGUAGGUUUUAUAUUGUAAUUUCUUCUCCUAUAUUUGCAGCUUUGGGAGCGUCUACAAUUGAUUCCUCAAUGUACACAAAUAGUUCUGGUGGUGUGUUCUCCUUCCCCAACAUUUCGAUGGAGGGCACAAAAGAAAAACUCGGCAGCAGGGCUUCCAACAGUAUACGGUAUUUUAGGAAUGAUCUACCCAUUCGAUCAGGUCGUGUUCGGGUUGCCUGGAGCAUUUCUGAAGCGCGAGACACCAAAGUCCCUGAAGAUGAGACUGAACCCUUUAGAGAGUAAGUGAAACUAACUAUGCUAAAUAGCUGCUUAAUGAACCGAGUUAUCCAGUAUAAAUAAAGUUAGUUUAGUUUAGGUUUCCUUCUGUGGUAACACUGGGUCAAUAAGAGAUGAUCCUUACUGGACCUCUAGAAAGAACAGUUUAGAAUUGAUAGAGCUAUUCAGUAUAAAUAAAAUUAGUUUAGUUUAGGUUUCCUCCUGUAGCACUGGAUCAAUAAGAGAUGAUCCUUACUGGACCUCUAGGAAGAACAGUUUAGAACUGAUAGAGCUAUCCAGUAUAAAUGAAGUUAGUUUAGUUUAGGUUUCUUCUUGUAGUAACACUGGAUGAAUAAGAGAUGACUGUUACUGGACCUCUAGGAAGAACAGUUUAGAACUGAUAGAGCUGUCCAGUAUAAAUAAAGUUAGUUUAGUUUAGGUUUCUUCCUGUAGUAACACUGGAUCAAUAAGAGAUGAUCCUUACUGGACUUCUAUGAAGAACAGCUUAGAACUGAUAGAGCUAUCCAGUAUAAAUAAAGUUAGUUUAGUUUAGGUUUCUUCCUGUAGUAUAAUACUCUAAUCAAUAAGAGAUGACACUAAUUGCUGGACUGAUAAAACUAAAUGAAUUACUCGUUUUCUUCAGUAUUGUGUGGAGGUUGCCAGUCUCAGAUAUGAGGAUAGAAAAGAACAAGAUACUGGUGAAUAAGGAAAAACCAGAUCUCGUCAUUAACAGUCCAGUUAUUACAUUCCUUCUGGAGCCAAAGCCUACUGCUCCGCUUCAAAAUCCUUUCCGUAUUCAAUUCAAACGAUCAAAGGUGAGUCAAAUAUUUUUGAAAAUUCUCACAGCUUGUCAAGAAGAUGUGUUCGCACUGCUUGUUCCCAGUUGUUGACAAGUCUGGAACAAGUUGUUAUCAUCUUGUAACAAGGUUGAUGAGGCCAACAGACUCGCAACAAGUUGUUCCAACAAGUCUGAUAUCGUCUGCACGUAACAAGUUGUUAACAAGUUGAUGACAACAAGCUCGUAGCAACUUGUUACGAACAGCCUGUAUUAGUCUUGUUGGAACAACUUGUAGCAAGUCUGUUACCGUCAUCAACCUUGUAACAAUAUGAUAACAACUUGUUCCAGACUUGUCACAACAACUGGGAACAAGCAGUGCGAACACAUCCUGAUAUCGCCUUGACAACAACCUUGUUAGAACUUGUUUGUAGAUCUGUAUCACCUUGCACUUUUUACGUGUGUUACUAGCACGCUAUUCUACACACGUAAAAAUCUCACAUCUCGUAGCAAGUCUGCCAACAAGCCGUCAACAAGUUGUGUUCGCACUGCUUGUCCCAAUUUGUCAACAAGUUUGGAACAAGCUGUUAACAACUUGUAACAACCUUGUUGGUAUUAUCAGGCUUGUUGCAAGGUUGUUCCAAGAAGUCCUAUACAGACAUAAUAUAGCAGUAUUGUUACAACCUUGUGUCGUCAACCUUGUAACAUUUUUUAUUAUCAUGACUGUAUCAGAUUUGUUAGAACAACCUUGUGACAAGUCUGAUAAUGCCAUCAAGCUUGUUACAAGUUGUUAACAGCUUGUUUCAAACGUGUUACAACAACUGGGAACAAGCAGUGCGAACACAACUUGUCGACAGCUUGUGAACAGAUUUGUAACAACUUGUUUGCAGCCUGUAACAACUUGUGCGUUUUUACAUGUAGUACUCCUGCGCUAUUCGAGCUAGCUCGUCUUGUUCUUACACUAAGCUAUGAAUGGUUCGUGGUAGUUAUUGACAAUAAAACGACUAAAGAGUAAAAAGUACUGGAGGCAAAACGUACUUAAGUAAAAAGUACAAAGUAUCCUUAAAAAAUACUUGAAGUACAAAGUAAAAGUAAGGUUCUAUUACCUGUCCCAUAAUUAAAGUAAAUCACGUAAAAUUAAACAAAAGUUAGAAACUAACGAAAUACUUAAUUCGCCACAAAAUGAAAAUAACGAAGUAAAACAUUACUUCUUAAAACGACUUCGUUUCAAGUAAAAGUACUCAAAAAAGUUUACUUUGUUACAUGCUGACUUCUCAAAAAUAAUACUCAAGUACAGUAACGAAGUACAUUUACUUCCUUACUUGACACCAUUGAAGUCAAUGAUCGUUGUAGCUUUGAAUAUACUCUACAGGUUUUUGACCUAUUCUGAACUGUAGUCAGUAAUUGUAAUCACUUGUGAAUUUUGAAUCAUUUUAGAAUGAUGGUGUCAAAAACCACAGAUGUUAUUUCUGGUCGGGAACGUAAGUAUUAUUAUUCUUGUUUGUAUGUGAAUUAAUAUUCUUCACCAGGUAUCCAGAAUUAUCAUGUGAACAAAGUAAAGUAAUACGCCCGUAUUCUAAAAGCUCACUCACACUCAAUGAGUGGAGGUUGAAUCUGAGCUUCUCUUGAGUAUCAAUGCUGUUUUUGAAUAGCUGGAGGGUGAGCAGUCACAUAGUAAACAAGUACUAACCCUCCAGCUAUUCAAAAACAGCAAUGACACUCGAGAUUGAGUCUGAAUGAGCUUUUAGAAUACGGGCGAUAGUGUUGGCUAAUUUACUCAUGAAGUAUUAGUGACUUUGAGAUUGUACUGUACUGUACUCUACUGUACUGUACUGUACUGUACUGUACAGUAGAAAAUGUAAUGAAUGUCACUGAGUUUUAUCGUAUCAUAUUCUAGAUCAUCAGCUGGAUUUUGGUCCAGUAUUGGCAGCAGUCUUGUUCUCAACAACGAGACACAUACUGUCUGUUCUUAUAACCACAUGUCGACAUUUGUUGUCUUGUCUGAAGCUCACCCAGAGGUGAGGAGAAUGCUUUGAAAAGUUUCACUAAUCCAUAUAGCUUUAAUAUGAAGAAAUACGAACAAUACGAAGAAAAGUUUUAUGUACGAUGGAGCUUCUAUCUGGAACUCCAUACCACAAUAUACAAGAGAAAGUAAAUCGAUUUCAUGUUUUAAAAGAAAAAUCGCUACUCUUACCUUUUGAAAUAACAUGAUUCAUGAAUCUUGUAAAUAGAUACUUUUUGAAUGUUUAUGUAUAUCUGCAUGCUUAUUCUUUGUUCUUUUCAUUAUACUUGUAACUAUUUGUAAAUAUUUUACACGCCCAUUGUGGAAAACAGCUUUAGCUGACAAUGUUAGCCUGGUUAAAUAAAGUUAUCAUCAUCAUCAUCAACCAUGGCGUAUCAAAGGGAAGAUGGCUGUGAAACUCAUUAGAAUAACAAUAUAAUUCAUUAUCUAUGUUAGUCAACGUUUAUUUAUAAAUCUGGUCCUUCACCGUCACGUGUGUAUUGUAUUUUUGCCAAAUCCACCAAUAGCAAUUUCCAAUUUACCCUAUUGUUCGAGUCACGGAUAGGUGACUUUCUUAAAACAUUGCUAUUGGUUAGUUGGGUAAAAAUACAAUACGCACGUGACGGUGAAGGACCAGAUUUAUGAAUAAACGUUGACUAACGUAGAUAAUGAGUUAUAUUGUUAUUCUAAUGAGUUCCACAGCCAUUUUCUCUUCGAUAGGCUAUGCUUUCACUAAGCAGAAUCGUCCAGCAGAUGGUGAUCAACCUGCAGUUAUCAGAGUGAGGAAAUAAUGUUUAUUCUUUUUCUCUCAGGCUGAUGAAACUGCAAGGAAAGUGGUGCGGAUUGUGGCAAUUGUGUUUUGUGUUUUGGCGAUAGCUGCUCUCGUUGCCACCAUUCAUAUGGCGAAAAAACUGGAGUAUGUUUCUUUUUGUUGUUUCUGUCAGAUUGAUGUCACUGUGAUAUAAAUAAAGUUAGUUUAGUUUAGGUUUCCUCCUGUAGUAACACUGGAUCAAUAAGAGGUAGGAAAAACAGUUUAGAACUGAUAGAGCUAUCCAGUGUAAAUAAAGUUUAGGUUUCCUCCUGUAUUAACACUGGAUUUCACUGGAUCAAUAAGAGAUGAUCCUUCCCGGACCUUUAGGAAGAACAGUUUAGAACUGAUAUAGAGCUAUCCAGUAUAAAUAAAGUUAGUUUAGUUUAGGUUUCCUCCUGUAGUAACACUGGGACAAUAAGAGAUGAUCCUUACUGAACCUCUAGGGAGAACAGUUUAGAACUGAUAGAGCUAUUCAGUAUAAAUAAAGUUAGUUUAGUUUAGGUUUCCUCCUGUAGUAACACUGGAUCAAUAAGAGAUGAUCCUACUGGACCUCUAGGAAGAACAGUUUAGAACUGAUAGAGCUAUCCAGUAUAAAUAAAGUUAGUUUAGUUUAGGUCUCCUCCUGUAGUAACACUGGAUCAAUAAGAGAUGAUCCUACUGGACCUCUAGGAAGAACAGUUUAGAACUGAUAGAGCUAUCCAGUAUAAAUAAAGUUAGUUUAGUUUAGGUUUCCUCCUGCAGUAACACUGGUUCAAUAAGAGAUGAUCCUUACUGGGCCUCUAGGGAGAACAGUUUAGAACUGAUAGAGCUAUCCAGUAUAAAUAAAGUUAGUUCAAGUCCUUCUGUGUAUUAAUUUACGUCUAACAUUUGCUGUGAUUGAUCUGCAGCGUCUUGGACAACGAUCGUGUCAAUAUCCAUAUUCAUCUGUGUGUUGUCUUAAUCAUUGGUUACUUCCUCUUUAUUAUUGGAGCUGUCAAGAGUGACAUUGGGGUAUUUGUGCAUUUAUAUAACUAUUCUUUAGUAUUUAACCCAGUUUCAACCAUAACGAUGUAUUUUUGUGGUUUUUAGGUUUUGAACGACAUUCUGUCAAUUGCCCUUCAUUUCUGUCAACUCUCACCUUUCGUGUGGCUGUGUCUUGAAGCAGUGUACUUCAUCAAUACAAUAUGCCCGAUAUUCAACUACGAAAAUACCAACACGCAGAAGCUUUACAUUUCCCUUGGCUGGGGUAAGACUAGUUUCAUUUGUACUGCAUCAGUUCGAAACCGUUCUUCCUAGAAGUCCAGUAAGAGUCAUCUCUUAUUGAUCCAGUGUUACUACUGGACGAAACCUAAACUAAACUAAAUUUAUUUAUACUCGAAAGCUCUAUCAGUUCUAAACUGUUUUCCCUAAAGGUCCAGUAAGGAUCAUCUCUUAUUGAUCCAGUGUUACUACAAGAGGAAAACUAAACUAACUUUAUUUAUACUGGAUAACUCUAUCAGUUCCACUUCCGAACUGUUCUUCCUAGAGGUCCAGUAAGAAUCAUCCCUUAUUGAUUCAGUAUUACUACAAGAUGAAACCCAAACUAAACUAACUUUAUUUAUACUGGAUAGCUCUAUCAGUUCUAAACUGUUCUUCCUAGAGGUCCAGUAAGAAUCAUCCCUUAUUGAUUCAGUAUUACUACAAGAGGAAACCUAAACUAAACUAACUUUAUUUAUACUGGAUAGCUCUAUCAGUUCUAAACUGUUCUUCCUAGAGGUCCAGUAAGAAUCAUCCCUUAUUGAUUCAGUAUUACUACAAGAGGAAACCUAAACUAAACUAACUUUAUUUAUACUGGAUAGCUUUAUCAGUUCUAAACUGUUCUUCCUAGAGGUCCAGUAAGGAUCAUCUCUUAUUGAUCCAGUGUUACUAUAGGAGGAAACGUAAACUAAACUGACUUUAUUUAUACUGGAUAGUUCUAUUAGUUCCAGAUUAUAACUUUAUUCAUACUGGAUUACCACUCCCAUUAAGAAAUCUUUUUUAUAUUACAGCGCUUACAGCAGCCUUCGCUGGAGCCACUGCUGGCUACAACAUGCCUCAUAAUGGCCAACCAAUGUCGAGUGAAAUGUAAGCUACAAUGUUUACACGUAGUUGCUAAACCCUUGUAUUAUUCCCUUCUAUAGCUUUCCAGUUAAUUCAUAGGCAACACAUGUUAGUGUUCUUGAAAAAUUCUAUAAUGUUAUCUUGUAGUGUAUGGGUGUUCAUCGACAAGGCGACUUACGGUUAUUUCUUUGGACCAUUUCUGGCUCUCUUUGUGGUGAGUAGAACAGGAUAAACACAGUCAAGAAUGUGCAGUGAUCACAUUACACCCGAUAAUUACGUCAUUUGGCCUGGGAGCCUCGCUCUCAUGAAUCGUGAGGCAAUCACCUUGCGUAAUUUACUAAUGAGAGCGAGGCUCCAAGACCAAAAAGUAUGUGUGACGUAAUUAUCGAAAGAGUGUGCUGUUGUCAGCAUGAUCUCUUCUCAAAAUUAAGGCUAUGUCUUAAUUGUAAAACUUUUGAAAAUUAAGGAUGCAAGAGUUCAUGCUACAAAAGUAAUGGCCUUACUAAGGGAGCUUUUAAAAAAAAAGAGGUUGCCAGAUUUGGAUUUGAUUAGGGUUAGACUAAGAUUAGAUUAGGGUUAGCGGUUAGGGGUUAGAGGUAAGGGUGGGGAUUGGGGUUAUGUUUAAAAUUAAGGCAAUGUCUUAAUUGAACGCUUUUUACAAUUAAGACAUAGCCUUAAUUUUCGGAAGAGAUCGAGCUGACUGUUGUAGAGAUGGGCUAAGUAAAGUGACAUAAGUAAGCGCGUAAUACUUAUAGACAGUUAUUCCAGUUAUAGACUAAAUUUUGAUCUAGGCAAGAAGAACAAAAUCCAUCACCACAGCUAGAAAGAGCAUGUUGAAAUUAGUAAAUUUGCAAAGUACAGCAAGAAAGAGCAUGUUAAAAUUAGUAAAACUGCAAAGUUUGGUUGCGAAAUAUGUUGUAAAAUGAGGAAAAUAUAGCCCAACGAAAUUUGCAAAUUUUGUAUUAAUUUGUAUUACGCGCGGGAAAAUGCAACACUUUCUGCCCAAAUGUGGUGCAUUUUCCCGCGCGUAAUACAAAUUAAGACAAAAUUUGCAAAUUUCGCUGGGGUAUAUUUUCCUCAUUGUACAACAUUUUCACGACCAAACUUUGCAAAUUCACUAAUUCUCUAACAUGCUCUUUCUAGCUAUGGUCCCAUAUUUUGCUCUUCUUGCCUGCAUCAAAAUUUAGUCUAUAGCUGGAUGGUAGCGGUUAUAUUAUACUCAUUCGUUUUGAGCGUGUGUCAUGUAACAUAUAAAAAAUCUGUUCUUCAUUUUCGACCGGCUCUUUAUUAGGUCAAUAUCCUGCUUCGUCUUGGAUUGGUCAUUCACGUUUUUAUUCGCCCUCAACAAAACGACGGUAGCAAAGCCCCGCUGAGAAUCAAGUAUGUAUCAAGUUUUUACAUUUAACUAAACCAUUGAGAUAAACUUGUGGUAGCCAAUAUGCAGUUCUUACCAAAACUUUCCACUUUUUCAAAACAUUAGUUGAAAGUCACUGUUUUGAUGCGAGAAAUGGUUUGCAAUAAAUUUCAGAAAGUUUGGCGUGAUUUGGGGCACUUUUAGAAUUUUUGAAAAUGUUUUUGUAGCCCCCCUUCCGUCAGCCUAGGUAUGCCUGUGGUUCCUCCUUUGCAUUUUACCAAAACUUUGUAAAACAUGUUUUUAUUAGUCGAAACUAACUGUUUUGAUGAGAGAAAUCGUUUUUGACAAUUUUCAGAAAGUUUAGACUGGCUUGGGGCUCUUUUUGAAUUUUUAAAAAGUUUCAUUUGCUUUCUCCUUUGCUCAGCCUAAGGAUGUAUGGAGAGUGUGCAGCGGUUUUAUAAGAUCAAAGUGGUUGCUUGAUAGGUUGAGAAACCUAUUAAGGAAAGGAGAGGGAACAUUUCCCUCACACUCCUACUCUGGGCAAGGGUGGAGUAAUUUUUUCCGAUCAUGAUGUCAUCUGUUUGGAAUUUUUAGGGUGAAUCUUCUGACAACGUUGCUUUUGGCUAUUGUGGUGUUUUUGGCAUGGUCUUUCGGUGUUAAAGCCGUCAACAAUACUGAGACCAAAGGAUACCAUUUUGGGUUUAUCCUACUGUACUCUUUCCAGGUUUGUAUCAUAUU